GGACAACUUAACCACUGUCGAUCCCUCCAGCAUGGAGAUUGAGUACUUCAGAAAUAUUACCGACCGAAUGAAAAUCUUGAAAAACUCGAUAGAGAGGGAUGUCAAUGAACUGGUUGAAGCGGUUCUUAAACCGCUGGCUAUUUUCUACGGCUUAAACGGUAACAGAGAUCCCCCAUUGCCUCAGGAACUAGAGAGGAAAAUAAGAGGAUUUUUCACAGACGUCUACUGGACUUUGAGACUCCACUUGUUCUUGCACCUUGAAAAUCCUCUCGACAUUAGCAGAAUCCUUGAAGUGGGCGAAUGGGGCGGCCUGAGUACCAAUGACAUGAGGGAUAUGGGUGACCAACACUUUAACCAUUUUACAGACCCUGGAAGCAACCUCUUGGAACUGCUCAGUUACCACCUGGAAAGUACCACCCAAAGAGGGAGCAAAAAGCAUGCCACAGAUGUAUUAGCAUUAGCAAAAUUAUUCCUAGGCCAUCUUCAAGCCGAAAACAUCUUCCUACCAGACGUUUUGGUCAUGGUUGAACACGUGCCUACGGAGAAGUUUUUCGUAGGUGCAUCAAUAGCAGUAAGUGACUUUGUAAGGCCUAUCAGUUUGUACAAUCGAAUCACUAAUCUUAAAGGAAGCCUCGUAGCUGCAGUAAUGCAGUUCCCUUAUUCAUGUCCUCCCUCUAAGCUAGAUCUACGUAAUUGGAGAUUUUCAUAUGCCCGUAAAAGUCAAACCAGCGCGACAAGAUAUGAUUCUUUGACUAGUGAGCUACCUUGCCAAAAUUGUAGAACGUUGUUGACAAAUGAGUUUUAGGGAAAGGGAGGGCCCACAGUUCUUGGUGCAUGUGCAGAGUAUUGUGCUGUAAAUGAGCUUCUACCAGAGGAACAAAUUUUUAGGCAGAGUCAGUAUUUUCUCUCUAAUGCACAACUAGAGAGAAACUAUAAGCGAUGCGAUACUCUUCUCAAAAGCUUUAGAGAUAUGUCGGAAAUGUGCAUAACUGCCUUGGAAACUGGAGACAGGGAUGAAAUGGAGAGAGUGUACUGGAAUGUGAUAAACUUUAUUCACAUUUUUGGCCUAAGGCCAGAGUGUAAUCGUUACUUCUGAUUUUCUUUCGGUUUUCCUGGUUGUCAGGAAUUAGCAGGGAUGUAGGACCCGUCAAAAAAAAUUCAACCUCUACUUUCCAGUAAUUUGGGGAAUCUAUGGUAGACUAGAAGCCAAGUUAACUAGGUAAAUGCUAAAAACGAAAAAGAGCAUUAAAUUUCUCAAAACGUUCUCACCUAAGACAGUCGCUUUUUAGAAUCGUUUAGAAUUACUUUGGUUUAACAAUAUCUCACAAUCAAAGACAUUCCUUAAAACUCAGGAUUUAGCUUUGUCUUUCGUUUAAAUGACAAGACUUUCUCGUUUGUAACUAUAAAGAUGUGAGUAGGAUGAAAUAGAAGCAUACAGGCCCUCAUGUUAGUCUCCUCUGGAACUGCAUUCUGAGGCGUCAUGCAGCACUUCCCCAAAAAGAAAGAGGGGAUGUUGCGUGACAUCUGAAAGCACGAUGGUGGAGGGAACUACCUCUUGCAAGCAACGAAACACACGCAGAGAGGAGGGGGAUGAACCAGUGAGCAGUAUGACUCACCCAUCCUACUAUGCUUAAGGGCUCCUUCUGACACAAGUCCAGUUAGAAACUCUUAAAGUUCGUGCAUUUGCUUCUAAAUUAUAAUAAUAAGAUGUACUUGUCAAUUAAAAAAUAAACUGAGUCAGAAUAAUCCAUAUAUGCUAUUACAAUUGUUAAUCAGCUUAGACUGAAUCUCGUUAUAAUAAUGUAU